UUGCUAUUCAUCGUCAUUCUCCAUCAUCACUUCUAACGUUUGAUUACCCUCCAUUCCGGUUCCCUUUAAUCUACCCAUUUAUUGUGAGGACACUUGCACGUCUUCAGAUGUCAUCCCAGCAAAAGGUUAUACCCCCCAAUGGCUCGAUUGGACUCGAAGGUGAACCGGGAGAACCUCUGUCCGCCCCGUUGAUCGUCGUUUCCAAUCGGCUACCGUUUGUUCUUACGCGCAACGCAAAUGGAAAACUACAGCGAUCACACAGUGCUGGUGGGCUAGUGACGGCAUUAGGGCCAGUGGUGAUCGACUGCGGAGGACUGUGGAUCGGCUGGCCGGGAUCGCACGACGUGCGACCAUUUGAUGAGAUUCCGGAGCCGGACAUUCCAAACAGUGGGCUAAAGUCGCAGCAGGUGAAGCCGGUAUUGGUCCGUCAAGAAUUAUUUGACUCAUUCUAUAACGGCUGCUGCAACGGCACUUUCUGGCCAUUAUUCCACUCCAUGCCUGAUCGGGCCGUCUUCAGUUCCGAGACUUGGAAAGCGUACCAAGAAGUAAAUGAAGAAUUUGCACUCAAGACAAUAGAUGCCCUGCGACAAGUUCGUGCCCGUUUGCUGAAAGAAUACAACAACCCAAGUGAUGAUUCCAUGCCUGUACCAGUUGUAUGGAUUCACGAUUAUCAACUUAUGCUGGCCGCGGCUAUGAUUCGCCAAGUGGCUAUCGAAGAGAACUUGGCUUGCAAACUUGGUUUCUUUCUCCAUAUUCCAUUUCCAUCAUGGGACAUCAUGCGACUCUUCCCUUGGGACGAUCAGAUUCUAGAAGGCAUUCUAGCCUGUGACUUGGUGGGUUUCCACAUCGAAGACUACUGCACAAAUUUUAUCGAAUGCUGUCAACGCCGCAUGGGAUGUCGAGUCGAUCACGCCAACGGCAACAUCGAAUACGACAAUCGCACCGUACACGUUCGGGCCCUACCGAUUGGAAUUCCUUUCAACCAGUUCCAACUGCUGGCCAUCAAAGCGCCACGAGUUAUGAAAGACGAACGAGUCGUGUUGGGAGUGGAUCGGCUCGACUAUACGAAAGGCUUGGUGCAACGCAUCAAAGCGUUCGAGAGGCUGUUGGAAUGUCAUCCUGAACAUUUGGGGCGUGUUGUCCUUAUGCAAAUAGCUGUCCCGUCUCGCACGGACGUCAAAGAAUACAAAGCAUUGAAAGAGGAAAUAGAUCAACUGGUCGGUCGCAUUAACGGACGUUUCUCCACUGCUGACUGGUCACCUAUUCGAUACAUUUAUGGAUGCAUUUCACAGGAUAAAUUGGCCGCCUUUUAUCGCGAUUCGGCUGUUGCGUUAGUCACUCCGUUACGUGAUGGCAUGAAUUUGGUAGCCAAAGAAUUCGUCGCCUGCCAAAUCAAUGAAAAUGGCGUGCUGAUCCUUUCGCCGUUUGCUGGAGCUGGUGGAACCAUGCGUGAAGCCUUGCUCGUCAAUCCCUACGAGAUAGACAUGGUGGCCGAAACGAUUCACAAGGCGUUGGUUAUGGACAUCGACGAACGCCGUCACCGGAUGCAACUCUUGCGUAAGCGUGAAUCGUCCAUGGAUGUUGACUACUGGAUGGACAGCUUUUUGCGAGAAAUGGAUCAAGUGGAAUGCGCAAUCACGGGACCUCCUUCAUUAAUUCCUGUCGACCAUGGCUACCAGUCGUACCUGACUGAGUACAUCGAGGAUUCCACGAAACUCAAUCUGCUGCUGGAUUAUGACGGAACACUGGCUCCCAUUGUCAGUCAUCCUGAUCUAGCAAUGAUGUCGGCCGAAACCCGGCGUGUCUUGACUCACCUUUCGCAGAUGCCUUGCGUUUCAGUUUGCGUUAUGUCAGGUCGAUCGCUCGAUAACCUUCGCCAGAUGGUAGGCAUUGAAGGCAUCACCUAUGCAGCCUCCCAAGGAUUGGAAAUCCUUCAUCCGGAUGGAUCACGUUUUAUUCACCCUGUUCCAACCGACCAUCAAAUUCGAUUGCAAAACCUCCUGCCGGCCCUUGAGGGCGAGGUAUGCACUAAUGGUGCCUGGGUGGAGAACAAGGGAGCCUUGUUAACAUACCAUUAUCGAGCGCUUUCUUCAACGACCUCUCCCGAACGCCGUGACUCUUUGGUUCAACGAGCCGCAGAGCUGUUCCGGGAGCACGGAUUCUAUCCGCAUCACACACAAAUGGCAAUCGAAGCUCGACCUCCCGUACCAUGGGACAAAGGCCGCGCUUCUCUUUACAUUAUGCGGACCACAUAUGGGGUCGACUGGCCACAACGUGUUGGCGGACCUGAGCGUGUCAGAAUUCUCUAUGCCGGCGACGAUGACACAGAUGAGGAAGUCAUGCAAGCACUGAACGGACUAGCUUGUACGUUCCGCGUGUCCAGGGUACCUGUUUACAAAUCGUCAGCCAAUUAUCGAUUGACUGAUCCUGACGCAGUUCAAUCGCUGCUACGUUUGAUAGAAGACAAACUUGACCAACGUGCAGUCAUUCCUUCGUCACCUACGUCGAGUUUCACAGCCAACUUUUUCAUCACCUGCAUUCAUGAAUCGGAAACUGUUACCUCUGACGAGGAGCAGACAGAUUUGAGCGCCAGCGAUGCACAGCUCAAGAGCAAGAGGCGGCGGCGUAACUCGAGGAACUCGACGAUGGUCUUGAGUAAGGUGGCCGCUGCUGGACUACUUCGCAGCAACAGUUUCAAGGCAGCCUUGUGUCACCAUUCUCAGGAUCCAAUCACUGUGAUCGGCCAUUAGAUUUCAUUUCAUUAUAUUAUUGUCACAGCGAGAAGGGGUGGGCAUCCAUGCAUCAGUAGAUUCCAUUUUCAAGCCCAGUGUCGAAUUUCCUGAACCUUCAUUGUAGCUAAAUAGGUGCCAUUAUCAUGGAAAAUUUAGGGCGCAAAUUUUUCAAUAGCCGUUGUCACAAACUAGCACGGUUUACUCGACAUCAUUUCGUUCUUUGCGUGUCUGUGACAUUGAUUGUUGCAUGAACGUUUACUUUUCCUUCUCGACUUCUCGACAUUCUUUCGAUAACUUGCUGACUGAAUUGUUAUUUGCAUUCUCGACAUAUUCGAAAUAUACAGUAUACCAAUUA